GCAGGGCUGUUAGUAACCUACUCCGUAUUCCUUCACACAAUUGUGGGGGUGGGGUACUCAUGUGCAAAGAUGUGAGACAAGAGACAGGUGAUGCGCUCUCUGCAUGCAUCCUGUCUUCAACAGGGGGAGCACAGCCACGGAACGAACGGUCGAACAGCAUGAGGUGAGGGAUUCUGCCACUCAUCAUAUCUAAGCAGAACAGGGACCAUGCAAGCAACCGAGUGGAGAUUUGAGCAGCUGUAUCAUCAUACGGAUCAUUCAGGCAUCCUUUCACUCUAAAAGCGUUCUUUUUUUACCGACGUUGAAUGACGAGGCGGAAUGGCAGGUGGACGUCGAGGACUUGUGGCCCCACAAAACACUUUUCUUGAGAACAUUGUCCGAAGAUCCAAUGAUACCAACUUUGUUCUGGGCAAUGCCCAGAUUGUGAACUGGCCCAUUGUGUACAGCAACGACGGCUUCUGCAAGCUCUCCGGUUACCACCGUGCUGAGGUCAUGCAGAAGAGUAGCACCUGCAGUUUCAUGUAUGGGGAGCUCACAGACAAGGAGACGGGUGAGAAAGUGCAACAGAUCUUUGAGAAUUAUGAGAUGAAUUCGUUCGAAAUUCUCAUGUAUAAGAAGAAUCGGAUGCCGGUGUGGUUCUUUGUUAAGAUCGCUCCUAUCAGGAAUGAGCAGGACAAGGUGGUGUUGUUUCUGUGCACCUUCAGUGACAUCACUGCAUUCAAACAGCCCAUUGAGGAUGACUCUGUGAAAGGAUGGGGUAAAUUCGCUCGGCUCACUCGGGCCCUGACGAGCAGCCGGGGAGUGUUGCAGCAGCUGGCGCCCACCGUCCACAAGGGCGAGAACGUCCACAAGCACUCUCGUCUGGCUGAGGUUCUCCAGCUGGGCUCAGACAUCCUCCCGCAGUACAAGCAGGAGACGCCUAAAACUCCUCCCCACAUCAUCCUCCACUACUGCGCCUUCAAGACCACCUGGGACUGGGUCAUCCUCAUCCUGACCUUCUACACAGCCAUCAUGGUGCCCUACAACGUCUCAUUCAAGACCAAGCAGAACAACGUUACCUGGCUGGUGGUGGACAGCAUCGUGGAUGUCAUCUUUCUGGUGGACAUCGUGCUCAACUUCCAUACCACGUUUGUGGGGCCAGCCGGAGAGGUCAUCUCAGACCCCAAGCUGAUCCGGAUGAACUACGUGAAGACGUGGUUCGUCAUCGACCUGCUCUCCUGCCUGCCGUACGACGUCAUCAACGCCUUCGAGAACGUUGAUGAGGGCAUCAGCAGUCUCUUCAGCUCCCUCAAAGUAGUCCGUCUGCUUCGCUUGGGCCGGGUGGCCCGUAAACUGGACCACUAUAUUGAGUACGGGGCCGCUGUCCUGGUCCUGCUGGUGUGCGUCUUUGGCCUGGCCGCCCACUGGUUGGCCUGCAUCUGGUACAGCAUCGGCGACUACGAGGUCAUCGACGAGAACACCAACAGUGUGAGGAUGGACAGCUGGCUCUACAUAUUGAGCGAAUCGGUGGGGACGCCGUACCGCUUCAACGCCAGUGGCUCCGGUAGGUGGGAGGGCGGGCCAAGCAAGGACUCGGUCUACAUCACUUCCCUGUACUUCACUAUGACCAGCCUGACCAGCAUCGGCUUCGGCAACAUCGCCCCCACCACCGACGGAGAAAAGCUCUUCGCCGUGGCGAUGAUGAUGAUCGGAUCACUCCUGUAUGCCACCAUCUUCGGUAACGUGACCACCAUCUUCCAGCAGAUGUACGCCAACACCAACCGCUACCACGAGAUGCUCAACAGUGUCCGCGACUUCCUCAAGCUCUACCAGGUGCCAAAGGGCCUCAGUGAACGCGUCAUGGACUACAUUGUCUCUACAUGGUCCAUGUCUAGAGGCAUCGAUACAGACAAGGUGUUGCAGAUCUGCCCCAAGGACAUGCGGGCGGACAUUUGCGUCCAUCUUAACAGAAAGGUGUUCAAGGAGCACCCAGCCUUCCGACUGGCUAGCGACGGGUGCCUACGGGCCCUGGCCAUGGAGUUCCAGACCACCCACAGUGCCCCUGGAGACCUCAUCUACCACGCGGGCGAAAGUGUAGACAGCCUCUGUUUCGUGGUGUCCGGGUCCUUGGAGGUCAUCCAGGACGAUGAGGUUGUGGCCAUAUUAGGAAAGGGAGACGUGUUUGGGGACGUCUUCUGGAAGGAGGUGACCCUAGCCCAGGCUUGCGCCAACGUUCGGGCCUUGACUUACUGCGACCUCCACGUCAUCAAGCGUGACGCUCUGCAGAAGGUUCUGGAGUUCUACACGGCCUUCUCCAACCACUUCUCCCGCAACCUGCUGCUCACCUAUAACCUCAGAAAGAGGAUAGUGUUCCGGAAGAUCAGUGAUGUGAAACGUGAGGAAGAGGAGAUGCUCAAGAGGAAUAACGAGGCCCCUCUGAACCUUCCUCCGGACCACCCCGUCCGUCGCCUCUUCCAGCGCUUCCGGCAGCAGAGGGAGGCGCGACUGGCAGUGGAGCGAACCUGUCAGGGGGAGCCACCAGACGUGGAGAAGGGCACUGUCCACCUGGAGCAAACCAAGGGCCAUGAGGUCCUCGCCUCCACCAGCAUCAUCCUGGUGACCGAGAGCCCUGCUACUCCCACAGCUUCAUCCACAUCUUUGUCUUUGUCCUCCAGGCCCUCUAGCCGAGUCAUGCUUCAUGCCCCUGCCAUCCAAAACGGCAACCUCAUAGGCUGCAAGUCCGCAGAGCCUGCGCCAAAGACCAAAAAGGGCUGGGGUCGUUUCAAGGAGUCUGUUGUGAAAGCAGAGUCGUGGAGCAGCGUUUCUAAGGCCGAGUCCAUGGAGACCUUGCCGGACAGGACUAAGUCCCAUAAUGAGAUGUCUCUCAAGAAGACGGACUCUUGUGACAGCGGUAUUACUAAGAGCGACCUGCGCUUAGAUAACGUGGGUGACGCCCACACUCCGCAGGACCGGAGCCCUGUGCAGUCAGAAGGGAAGCUGGUUGUCUGUCCUAUACCCGUACAGACCAUGCACGCCUCUUUCCUGGAGCUGAAGCAGGAACUUAGGGGAGACAUCGGGUCUCUUAAUGGCCGCAUGGCGGUGGUGGAGGCACAGCUGGCCGAGAUGCUUCAACUACUAAAAUCGAAAAAGGCCUCUAGUUCGAGAAAAGCCUCUCACUCAUCCAGUUUCUUUGAGAUGUCACGACCAGCAUCCCCCAAUUCCCAUAAGGACGACAGCUUCUCACAAUCUUGACACUGCAUGUUUUGGCAGUCUAUGCAGUGUUUCCCAACUCCAGUCCCUGAUUACCAACAACAGUACACAUUUUUGUUGUAGCCCCGGACAAGCACUGAUUCCUGAUUCAACUUGUUAAUGAUCAAGCCCUCAAUGAGUUGAAUCAGGUGAGUUUGUCCGGAGCUACACCAAAAAUGUGUGCUGUUGGGGGUACUCGAAAGUGAGUUGUGAAACAUUGGUCUAUGGAACAUGAAGUGAAUGCAUCCUAGAAUUCAUCCAGGAGCUGGCUGCGGUGUCGCAAAAUUGUGAGAGAGGUUUUGUGAAGACUUGGGCAGUAAGAUGUUCCUAAAUUAAUACAGAUGAGUAAAUGAGGGAUUUUCUCACCAUAUUAUUAUUAUUAGAUAUAGGGGUAAUCUCGAUAUUAAAAAAUGCACAUCUGGAUUAUCUCUGCACCUUGAGGUACAUUCUGUGCGAUAUUCCAUCAAUCUACUUUUGUAGGGGUUCAAACUGUAAACCGCAUAAAUAACGCUUUUGUUGUCUAAUUUCUUUUCAAUUGGAUUCGUUUUAGUUUUAAUUUGGUCACACUUUUCACAUGGUAAAAUGACUUAACCCCUUAAAGGAGGUUUUCAUCAAAUCUGUGCACUCAAUUGAAAUUAGCAAUAAUAUUUUAUUGCAUUGAUAUAGUUUUUCACCUGGUCUCAAAGCACUUCAACUUGCAGGGAGUGAUGUGGCCAUGAUAACAUGAGCAGUGUGGAGCAACAGCGAAGAUGCACAUAUCUGAAAUGACAAUGUCCACAGCGAAGAUGCACAUAUCUAAAAUGACAAUGUCCACAGCGAAGAUGCACAUAUCUAAAAUGACAAUGUCCAUUGUUAUUUACACCAUUGCUCUCUCCUUGUGGUAUUAAAAUGAAGGGAAAUUAAGGGAAAAUCAUGAUUGUGAACUUUCAAUGUAUGGUGGAAACCAUGGCAUCUUUUCAACCAACAUCCAUCCUAAAUUGUUAUGGGAAGAAAUCAAUGUGAAUUUGUCUAAACUAUGAAACCUUUGUGCAUUUUGGGUCAUCACUGUUGAUAUAAUAUGCAAAGUAUUGCCAUCUAUAUUGUGUCUUUAGCAUUUAAAUUGCAAUGUUAAAGGAGUAAAAGGAGAUACUUGUACAGACAGGUCCAGAAUUAUUGGAACCCUUGAUAAAGAUGGGCAAAAAAGACUGUAUAAAAUAAACAAUACAAAUACUACAAUUGCUCAGAGAAAGAGAUUUUGUUUAACAAAUAAUAAUUGUUUUCUCUAAAAAAAAAUAGGGAUCCCCCCCUGUUUUCAAUAUACUCCGGCACCCUCCCCCUUGCGUGGAUAACGGCACAGACUUUUUCUGAAAUGUUUUAUGAGAUUGGAGAACACAUUGGGAGGGAUCUUAGACCAUUUCUCCAUACAGAAUCUUUCCAGAUCCUUGAUAUCCUUUGUCUACACUUAUGGACUGCCCUCUUCAAUUCAAACGGGGCGGCAGGGUAGCCUAGUGGUUAGAGCGUUGUACUAGUAACCGAAAGGUUGCAAGUUCGAAUCCCCGAGCUGACAAGGUACAAAUCUGUCGUUCUGCCCCUGAACAGGCAGUUAACCCGCUGUUCCUAGGCCGUCAUUGAAAAUAAGAAUUUGUUCUUAACUGACUUGCCUAGUAAAAUUUUAAAAAAUUAAAAAACCACAGGUUUUCAUUGGGGUUCAAGUCCGUAGACAGAGAGCCGUUGCAAAAUAUUGAUUUUGUGGUGAAUUAACCAUUUCUUUGUGUAUUUUGAUAUGUGCUUGGGGCCUACUGUCUUGCUGGAAGAGCUACUUGCGGCCAAGUUUCAUCCUCCUGGCAGAGGCAACAAGGUUUUUGGGCUAAAAUGCCCUAGUGCAGUACUUGGUAAAGUUCAUGAUGCCGUUGACCUUAACAAGGGCCCCAGGACCAGUGGAAGCAAUAUAGUUCAUAACAUCAAAAGAUCCACCACCAUAUUUUAAAGUAGGUAUGAGGUUAUUUUCUGCAUAUGCAUUCUUAUUUUGAAGCCUAACCCACCACCCCUGUGCGUGGCCAAAGAGCUCUAUUUGCACAGGUUCCAAUCCAAGUGCCAAUGCAAACUCCAAGCGUUUCCAUUGUGAGUUGCUCUCAAUUAAGUUUUUCUGGCAACCCUUCCAAAGAGCCUAUUUGCAUGGACGUGGCAUCUAAUUCUAGAUUUAAAGACUUACUUGGUGACCUGAAGUUUUCCAUAAUUUUCUUUACCUCCCUUUACCUCUUAAUUGUUGACAUAAUAGUGGUAAGUGGGAUAUUUGUUUUUUAAGCUAUUUGUUGUUCCUGUUGUGAGUUUUUCGCAUUUUCCCAUGGCGAUUGAUGAUACAUUUACAUGUGUGUUACCUCAUUUUAGAAGUUAACAGGGAGCCAUGGAAGACCACAAUACAGUUAUUUAAUGAGAUUAAUUUAAAAAGUAGAAUGAGAAUGUUAAUGCAGAUUUUGUUUGUUUUUAUAAGAAUCUUUAGCGGUUCCAAUCAUUUUGAACUGUAUCUUUUUAAAAUAUAUAUUUUCUCUGUGCAAUUGUAUUAGUAGAAAAAAAACAGUUUACUGUGCACUUGGGAAGUUUUCAGACCCCUUGACUUUUUCCACAUUUUGUUACGUUUACAGCCUUAUUCUAACAUGGAUUAUAUCGUUUUUUCCUCCCCUUUUCAAUCUACACACAAUACCUCAUAAUGACAAAGCAAAAACUGAUGUAUAAAAAGACUACUGAAUAUCACAUUUACAUAAGCAUUCAGAACCUUUACUCAGUACUUUGUUGAAGCACCUUUUGCACUGAUUAAAACUUAGUCUUCUUUGGUAUGAUGCAACAAUCUUGGCACACCUGUGUUUAGGGAGUUUCUAGAGAUGUUUCUCUGCAGAUUCUCUCAAGCUCUGUCAGGUUGGAUAGGGAGCACCGAUGCACAGCUAUUUUUUAUAGCAAAGAUACACCCCCUUAGUCUACAUGACAAACAACAGAUGUGUGGAAUGGGUCACAUGGUUAGGAUUUGUAUGAAAGAAAUUAAUCAUUCACAGCAGACUAUCUACUGUAAAGACUGUUCUCAUUGUGUGGAAACCAGAGUCUGGCCUCCAAAACAAGGUUCCCUUCAUCAUUAUCCAUACCCGAGCCAUCUCUCCCUCGUACCUUCCAGUCAGACUUGAGCAAUCUCCCUCACAUGAAUGGAAUGUGGCUUGUUAGGUUUAUCACCUAAGGCAUCGUAAAUCUACUAUCAGCAUUAAGCCCCAGAGGCCCACUCUCAGUUCACACAUUCACAUUAGAGGUCUAAGAACCCUAUUCUGUUGCAAAGAACAACCAUUUUAUGCAAUAACAGUAUUAUAACAUAAUCUUGUAGUUUUGCUCUCAUAACCGUCGCCCCAGUCUGAGGUCCUGAGCACUCUGGAGCAGGUUUUCAUUAAGGAUCUCUCUGUACUUUGCUCUGCUCAUCUUUGCCUCGAUCCUGACUAGUCUCCCAGUCCCUGCCGCUGAAAAACAUCCCCACAACAUGAUGCUGGGGAUGGUGCCAGGUUUCCUCCAGAUGUGACGCUUGUCAUUCAGGCUUGUCAUUCAGGCCAAAGAGUUCAAGCUUGGUUUCAUCAUGUUAUCAUGAUGAAUGUCAUGUUCCUUUUACUGAGGAGUGGCUUCUGUCUGGCCACUCUACCAUAAAGACCUGAUUGGUGGAGUGCUGCAGAGAUGGUGUUCCUUCUGGAAGGUUCUCCCAUCUCCACAGGGGUACUCGAGCUCUGUCAGAGUGACUAUCGGGAUCUUGGUCACCUUGCUGACCAAGGCCCUUCUCCCGAUUGCUCAGUUUGGCCGGGUGGCCAGCUCUAGGAAGAGUCUUGGGGGUUCUAAACUUCUUCCAUUUAAGAAUGAUGGAGGCCACUGUGUUCUUUGGGAGCUUCAAUGCUGCAGAAAUGUUUUUGUAACCUUCCCCAGAUCUGUGCCUCAACACAAUCCUGUCUCUGAGCACUACAGACAAUUCCUUUGACCUCAUGGCUUGGUUUUUGCUCUGACAUGCAUUGUCAACUGUGGGACCUUAUAUAUAGACAGGUGUGUGACUUUCCAAAUCAUGUCCAAUCAAUUGAAGUGACCACAGGUGGACUCCAAGUUGUAGAAACAUCUCAAGGAUGAUCAAUGGAAACAUCAUGCACCUGAGCUCAAUUUUGAGUCUAAUAGCAAAGGGUCUUAAUACUUAUGUAAAUACGUUAUUUAUGUUUUAUAUUUUUAAUACAUUUGCUAAGAUUUCUAAAAAACUGUUUUCGCUUUAAUUAUGGGGUAUUUAAUCCAUUUUCAAAUGUUAUCCAUUGUAUAAUAAGGAAAAAGUCCUUAAACAAAAUGUGGAAAAAGUCAAGGAGUCUGAAUAGUUUCCGAAUGCACUGUAUACAGUAUUUUUUGCUAAUUUCAUCAAGGGUGCUAAUAGUUUUGCACCUGAGUGUGUGGCAUUUACAGAUUAUGUAUAAGGAAUAUAAUGAGGACAUUCUCACAGUUGCACUUUUGUCAGUUAAAGACACAUUGUAGUCAAUGCAUGAGAACUGCAUCUGAAUGUAUUUUCCUUGAGCAAUUCUAAAAGACAGAAAAUGAAUCAGCAUCUCCCAAUGCCCUUGACACUUUCCCUUUCUAUUACUUUUAUUAACUGACCAACUUGACCUCGGGUUGCCUUGAGUACAUAUUUGUUAUUCAUGAAAUAACACCAAUAAUUGAAAUUAGUAAACAAAUUGGAUUCAAUUCUUAUUUUUUUGCAUCUUCUACAGUAUGUCUUUCCUGCAGCCUCGUUUGUUGUGUGCAUGAUUACACCACAAUGUUUGUACUUGACCUUAAAACUGUAAUAUCCUGUGUGCACUGUUCUGGAAUUUCAGAUUUGAAGGAAUACUAAUAACAAUUGUAAGGACUAAUAAUGAAUAGUAAGGAAAGUAUUCACACCCCUUGCCUUUUUCCAUAUUUUGUUGUUACAGCCUGAAUUUAAAAUGUAUUAAAUGUAGAUUUUUGUUUUGUUACUGGCCUACACACAAAUACCCCGUAAAGUGGAAUUAUGUUUUUAGAAAUGUUUACAAAAAUGAAAAGUUGAAAUGUCUUGAGUCAAUAAGUAUUCAACCCCUUUGUUAUUUCAAGCCUAAAUACAUUCAGGAGUAAAUAUAUGCUAAAGUCCCUCUGUGUUCAAUAAUAGUUUUUAAACAUGAUUUUUGAAGGACUACCUCCUCUCUGUACCCCACACAUACAGAUAAUUGUAAGGUCCCUCAGUCGAAGCUGUGAAUUUCAAACACAGAUUAAACCACAAAGAACAGGGAGGUUUUCCAAUGCCUCACAAAGAAGUGCACCUAUUGGUAGAUGGGUAAUAAAACAAAAAACAGACAAUGAAUAUCCCUUUGAGCAUGGUAAAGUUAUUACAUUUUGUAUGUUGUAUCAAUACACCCAGUCACAACAAAAAUACAGGCGUCCUUUCUAACUCAGUUGCCGGAGAGGAAGGAAACCACUCAGGGAUUUCACCAUGAGGCCAAUGGUGACUUUAAAACAGUUAGAGUUUAAUGGCUGUGAUAGGAGAAAACAACUGAGGAUGGAUCAACAACACGUAGUUAUUCCACAGUAAUAACCUAAUUGACAGAAUAAAAAAAUAUUCCAAAACAUGCAGUAAAGUAAAUAUUGUAAAAGUAAUACUGCAAAAAAUGUGUCAAAGCGAUUAACUUUUUGUCCUGAAUACAAAGUGUUAUGUUUGGGGCAAAUCCAAUACAACUGCAGGUAGUCUAGAGGUUAAGAGAGUUGGGCCAGUAAUUUAAAGGUCGCUGGUUCGAAUCCCUGAGCUGACCAGGUCAAAAAUGUGCCCUUGAUCAAGGCACUUAACCCUAAUUACACUUGUAAGUUACUCUGAAAAAGAGCGUCUGCUAAAUUACAAAAAAAAUGUAUAACAUUACUGAGAACCACUGUCCAUAUUUUCAAGCAUAGUGGUGGCUGCAUUAUGUUAUUUAUGGGUAUGCUUGUAAUCGUUAAGGACUGUGGAGUUUUUCAAAACAAGAAAUACAUGGAAUGGAACUAAGCACAGGCAAAAUCCUAGAGGAAAACCUGGUUCAGUCUGCUUUCCACCAGACACUGGGAGAUGAAUUCACCUUUCAGCAGGACAAUAACCUAAAACACAAGGCCAAAUCUACAGUAGUUGCUUACCAAGAAGACUGUGAAUGUUCCUGAGUGGCAAAGUUACAGUUUUGACUUAAAUCUGCGUGAAAAUCUAUGGCUAUACCUGAAAAUGGUUGUCUAGCAAUGAUCAACAACCAAUUUGACAAAGCUUGAACAUUUUUGAAAAUUGUUGCACAAUCCAGGUGUGGACAGCUCUGAGACUUACCCAGAAAGACUCUGUAAUUGCUGCCAAAAUUGUGAUUCUAACAUCAAAUUGUAUUUGUCACAUGCGCCGAAUACAACAGGUGUAGGUAGACCUUACAGUGAAAUGUUUACUUACAAGCCCUUAACCAACAAUGCAGUUUUAAGAAAAUAAGUUUUAAGUAAAAAACGAAAUAACAAAUAAUUGAAGAGCAGCAGUAAAAUAACUGUAUUGAGGCUGCUCUAUACAGGGGGUACCGGUACAGAGUCAAUAUGUUGUGGCACAGGUUAAUUGAGGUAAUAUGUACAUGUAGGUAGAGUUAAAGUGACUAUGCAUAGAUAAUACACAGAGAAUAGCAGCAGUGUAACGGGGGGGGUAACUGCAAAUAGUCUCGGUAGCCAUUUGAUUAGCAGUUCAGGAGUCUUAAGGCCUGGGGGUAGAAGCUGUUAAGAAGCCUUUCGGAUCUAGGCAUAGCGCUCGGGUACCGCUUGCCGUGCGGUAGCAGAGAGAACAGUCUAUGAUUAGGGUGGCUGGAGUCUUUGAAAAUUUGUAGGGCCUUCCUCUGACACCGCCUGGUAUAGAGGUCCUGGAUGGCAGGAGGCUUGGCCCCAGUGAUGUACUGGGCCAUACACACUUCCCUCUGUAGUGCCUUGCGGUCGGAGGCCGAGCAGUUGCCAUACCAGGCACUGACGCAACCAUGCUCUCGAUGGUGCAGAUGUAUAACUUUUUGAGGAUCUGAGGACCCAUGCCAAAUCUUUUCAGUCUCAUGUGGGGGAGGGAAUAGGCUUUGUCGUGGCCCCUUCACGACUGUCUUGGUGUGUUUGGACCAUGUUUGUUGAUCUAAUCAAGAUAUUAGUGUUUCAUUUUUAUUUACAAAUGGUAAAAAAAAUCUUAAUAUUUUGUGUAGAUCGUUGACAAAAAAUAAGAAUUAAAUCCAUUUGAAUGCCACUUUGUAACAACAAAAUGUGAAAAAAGUCUAGGGGUAUGAAUACUUUCUAAAUGCACUGAACAUGUUAUUCUAUUCACAUACUGUCAAAAGAUUAGUAUUUGUAAAAUGUAAAAUGUUCAUAUUAAAUUAUUUUGUACUUUGGA